AUGAUGACAACAGACGAGCUCAUAGUAUAUUUGAACAGUCGCAAUGGACUUGGCAUCCGAAUUUUAGGCACUAAGCGUGCUACGAAUCAAUCGGGUAUUUAUAUAAGACAACUACUUGAUGGUGGUCUAGCACAAAGAGAUGGACGAUUAAAAGUGGGCGACCAAAUUUUAUCGGUCAACGAUGAAACAAUUAUAGGUAUCAAUUGGAGACACGCUGUUAAUAUUCUUCGUUCAGCAGCGAUAACAAAUCACGUUCGUCUUCAUGUGCAGCAUUUUCUUCCGCCUUUAUCAUCACAAGAGUAUCAACAAUUAUUGAAUGAAGAAAGAUCGAUUGACGAUGAUGAAGACAUUUAUCAAAGUCUUAAUUUUAGUUCGAGUAAAAAUAGAAAAAAUUCUCACAACCGAAGUUUAACAACAGAAAAUGACGUGCAAAUGCGACGAUCAUCUCAUAGACGUAAUCAUGAACAUGAAAAACAUCGGCAUAUUGCAUCUAAUUUAUCGUUUCGAGAAAAAAAUCAUCAAGAAGAACAAUAUAAAAGUGAUCAAAUUUUAAGAGGACUUGAUAUAUCACAUGAAGCACUUCAAUCAUUACUGAAUUCAAGGUUUAAAUUAAUUGAUCUUGUUGCGUUACUUAAGAAAAUCUAUCCGACACUAUUAUUGAAAGAUCAUACACGAGAAUUACAAUUUAUUCAACAAUUAUCACAAACAAAUGCAGAUGGUCGAAUAACAUUAAAAGAUUUUGAACGACAGUCAAGUGUUCUUCUUGGUGAACGUAUAAAUCUUUUAUUACCAUUUUAUUCUUCAGCUAAACAAAUUUCAAUGGAAAAUGAUAAUCAACUUGUUGAUAAACUUCAUCGUGAAGUAGCUUUAUUUCGUUCGAGGAUCGAUGAACUUCACAAUAAAAUUAUAAUCUGCGAAAAAUCACAACGUUUAUCAGAACAAGUUGGAAUUGAAUAUGAAGAUUUAAUUAAAUUUCUUGAUGAACAAUUAAAUCAAUAUAAAUCAAAUGAAAUAAAUCAAUUGCAACAAAUACAAGCGAAUCAUCAAUUAAUCGAAAAACUAUUCUACUUUUUAUCUAUUUAUCUAAAACAGCCAAAAGACGAACAGAUUUCAUUACAACUUAAGCAUGAAUAUGAACACCAGAGGAUAUUUUUAUCAUGA